AGCUAGACUGCUGCUGUGGACUGCUGCCGCCGUUGUGAGAGUUGUUGUUAUUAAAACUACAUCUUCCUCUUUUUUCGGUGAAACCUAUUUUGGACGCAUCUAAACUGAGUGGGGAAGUGAAUAUUUCUGUUUUUGUUGACUGUUCAACCGCCAACGAGCGACCGCGACGAGUCAAGUGGGAACUCUUCACUGCAAUUAACUUGUGAGGAUUUGUUUCUGAUGCUCUGAAGGAGAGCCGGGAGUUUGCGGCUGUCUGUGGAGGGGCUACUGGCUUGACUUUUCCCUUGUUUGUUUGUUUGUUUCGCUGUACUCGGAAUACCCCGGAUCCUACACACAACACACGCUGAAGGAGUGACUGAGGUGGCUCAAGCCUUAUCAUUUCUCAGCUGGUUCAGUCCCUCCUCCCCCUCCCUUUAGCUGCCUCCAGCUAAUGAGCCGUUUCCCGUGUUUUUCCGGUUGAUUUACGACCACACUGCCGGUGGAGCGGAGGAGAGACAACGACCGAAACACAGCGAGGAGCAGGGAUUCACAUUAAACGCUCCGUGAACUGGCAGGGAGCGGUGGGGGCUGUCGGUUUUGUUUGAAAUUAACGACACUUGGUCCUUAUAAUAGCGGCGGAUGGAUUCGUCUCCGUGAUCUGGAGCUCCCCAUAUCCCCACUGAGCCCUAAUUUGAUCCCUCGAAGAAGCGGGGUUUAAAGAAGCAAACGGUUGCAUCCUCCAGGAGAUAACGAUGUUUCCCCAGGGGCGACACCCGACACCCCACCAGGCUCCUGGCCAGCCCUUCAAGUUCACCAUCCCAGAGUCACUGGACCGCAUCAAGGAGGAGUUCCAGUUUCUUCAGGCACAGUACCACAGCCUCAAGAUGGAGUGUGAGAAGCUGGCCAGUGAGAAGACGGAAAUGCAGAGACACUAUGUCAUGUACUAUGAGAUGUCCUAUGGCCUCAACAUUGAAAUGCACAAACAGACUGAGAUUGCCAAGAGACUAAACACCAUCUGCGCACAAGUCAUUCCCUUCCUCUCACAGGAGCAUCAACAGCAGGUGGUCCAAGCUGUGGAGCGAGCCAAACAAGUGACCAUGGCAGAGCUCAAUGCUGUCAUCGGGGUACGUGGACUGCCAGGCCUUCCACCUACACAACACCUAUCCCAACACCACGGUGGUGCUCCUGUGCCCCUCACCCCUCACCCUGCUGGCCUCCACCCCUCUCAGCUGGGGGGUUCAGCUAGUCUCCUGGCUCUAUCUGGAGCACUUGGUGGUGUUCCUCCACACAUGUUGGGAAAAGAAAGCGGUGAUAAAAAGCCCCACAUGUCCGGAGCAGACAUGCACCCUUCAGGACCCGAGCACCUGAGAGAGCGAGAGCCCGGCACAAGUAACUCAUUGCUGCCAGAAAGUCUCAGGAACUCAGAUAAGCGACGAAACGGACCCGAGUUUCAAAAUGACACCAAGAAACGCAAGGUGGAGGACAAGGACUCGAGCCACUAUGACAGCGACGGGGAGAAAAGCGAUGAUAAUUUAGUGGUGGAUGUAUCGAAUGAGGAUCCAGCCUCCCCUCGUAGCACACCUCUCCCCUCCCCAAGAGAAAAUGGCCAUGAUAAAGCCCGUCUUCUCAAGAAAGACCCCUGUAGUCCAGCCUCUACUGCGUCAUCAGCCAGCUCCUCCUCCCUUAAGUCUAAAGAGAUGGCAAUGCGAGACAAGGCAGGCACACCUGGGUUAAAAUCAAGCACACCCACACCGAGAGGUGACUCCACCCCUGGUCCGAGCUCCACCCCUGGAAUCCGGCCAAGUCUAUCAAAACCCCCAUCCAUGGAGAUGCCACAUCCAGCCACUGCAGGUUUGAGGACCCCUCUUGCCGUACCCGGCCCAUACCCGGGUGCAUUUGGUAUGUUGCCCCACGCAGCGGCGAUGAACGGAGAGCUGACGGGUGCAGCAGGAGCUGCGGCCUAUGCUGCUGGACUGCACAACAUGUCACCUCAGAUGAGUGCUGCAGCUGCGGCCGCUGUGGCAGCGUAUGGCCGUUCACCCAUGGUUGGUUUUGAUCCCCAUUCUCACAUGCGAGUUUCUGGAAUGCCUCUGACAGGAAUCCCUGGCGGCAAACCGGCUUAUUCUUUUCACGUGGCAGCGGAUGGACAGAUGCAGCCAGUACCAUUCCCCCCGGACGCUUUGGUUGGCCCAGGGAUUCCUCGCCACGCCCGUCAGAUCAACACACUGAACCAUGGAGAGGUGGUGUGCGCCGUUACAAUCAGUAACCCAACCCGACACGUUUACACAGGAGGGAAGGGUUGCGUCAAGGUCUGGGACAUCAGUCACCCAGGAAACAAGAGCCCAGUGUCGCAAUUGGACUGUCUGAACCGAGACAAUUACAUCCGCUCUUGCCGUCUACUCCCUGACGGCCGGACGCUGAUUGUGGGAGGUGAGGCGAGCACGCUGUCAAUCUGGGAUUUGGCCACGCCCACUCCCAGGAUUAAGGCAGAGUUAACAUCCUCGGCGCCGGCCUGCUAUGCUCUGGCCAUCAGCCCGGACUCCAAGGUCUGCUUCUCGUGCUGCAGCGACGGAAACAUUGCAGUCUGGGAUUUACACAACCAGACACUGGUUAGGCAGUUCCAGGGCCACACAGAUGGAGCCAGCUGUAUUGACAUCUCCAACGAUGGUACCAAGCUGUGGACCGGAGGCCUCGAUAACACCGUUCGCUCCUGGGAUCUGAGAGAGGGACGGCAGCUGCAGCAGCAUGACUUCACAUCCCAGAUCUUCUCUCUUGGCUACUGUCCGACGGGAGAGUGGCUUGCUGUGGGAAUGGAGAGCAGCAACGUGGAGGUCCUUCAUGUCACCAAGCCUGACAAAUACCAGCUUCACCUGCAUGAGAGCUGUGUGCUCUCCCUGCAGUUUGCCUAUUGUGGUAAAUGGUUUGUGAGCACAGGAAAGGAUAACUUGCUGAAUGCGUGGAGAACACCCUAUGGAGCCAGCAUAUUCCAGUCUAAAGAAUCUUCCUCGGUGUUAAGCUGUGACAUAUCUGUGGACGACAAGUACAUCGUCACUGGUUCAGGGGACAAGAAGGCCACUGUUUACGAGGUCAUCUACUAAAACUGCAAAAAAAGAGCAAGGACAUUUGUUCUUUCCAACACAUCAGAUCUGUUUCUAUACAUUUUCAAGUGGAAAUCAUAAACAUGAGUGACCUUGAUGGCACAUUCUGUUUUCUGUUACAACUGCUGAGGAGACGCAGAAAGGAGACAAACAUUGUACACGCACAUAUCUGUUGUGUAUGUAAACAUGACUCCAUAUCAGCUGGGAACGAACUGGAGCAGCUGGAUGUUUAAUCGAAGGCGAGGAACUAUUUGGAUGUUGUCGUCUCUGCUGCUUUCUGCUACAUGCUGCACUGGAAUCAGUUACAGGGACCAAACAAUGACUGAACCAAAGGCAUUGUUUUGACUGGGACCAGCUCUUCUGGAGAACACGGCACUGACCUUUUGGAUUUAAAAACACUUGAUUCGGUGACACGACCACGGGCAGAGACCCUAGAAUGAACACUCAAAAAGGAUGCUUGAAUAUGGAAACAAAUGGCAGACGGAAAGAGGAGAAUGUGGACCGAAACUGACAGAAAUAGAGAGAUGGAAGAGGAGGGCCAAUGCAGCACAUGUUGGUUUGUAUUUUGUUGCAGACAGACCUUUCUCACAUCCGGUUCAUCUCUCCGCUUUGACUCUCUGACAUAAAAACCUCAGUUUGCUGUUUGGAUACGCCUACACUGUCUGAAAAGAACUUUUUCUGUCAUUGAGCCUCACUCACUAAACUGCACUGUGGAGGAAGCUGUCCACCUACAUGCUCAGUACACACACAACCUUACUGUUUUGAACACACUGAAGAACAUAAUGACUUGUCUAAUAUCAGUCUUUUUCAAUCAAUAGUUUUUUGUGAAGAGUUAUUUUGAUUGUCAUGAGAUGACAAAGUAUGUUUUCAUCAUUCCUACCCAUUUUAGACACCUUAAUUAGCUUACCAGACCAAAUGAGCGUUCAAGAAUAUACUAAAUUUUGCUACAGAGGGCUGAACUCAGACAUUUCUUCCUUCUCUCUUUCUCAUGAUCCUGCUUGAGAGACCAAUUAGUGUAAACUGGAAGGAAAAACAGUUUAGAAGAUUAAAUGAAUUCUCAAUUGGCAUCGAUCUUCUUUGUUAUGCUUUUAUACGAGAGCCACAGUGUGUUUCAUCAGGUGCACAUGACGAUAGAGCCCAGCUUUACUCGAGUUAUUACUGAAUUGACCAGAAACAUUUCAGAGACUUAGAAUUGAUAGUUGGUCUCCUGCUUGAUUUACAAAUGUACUCCUUUUUUAUAUUGUUUAUGGUCCCCCUGCUGUUAAUUGUAAUUCAGUUAGUUUACCUGUGGUUGUUUUCACCAUAGGUUCAUCAGUUGAGUUUGUAAUGAUUAAAAGGAAAUUUAAAAUGCCCCAUUAAUUCAAAAAAGCAUAACAAACACUCCGGUUUCUGUCUUUGUUGUAACCCCCACCCUGCUUAUCACUCUUUCAAACACUUGAUGUCUUGCUGUAUGGAUGGUGGAUCACGCUUCAUAAACGGGGACCAACUACUUCUGAGAAGAUCAUCUUGACAAGUGAAUUAACCUUGUGUUCAAACAAGUGAAAAGUCCUGGCUACCAUCCUCACUGAACAAACAUCUCAAAAACUGAAUUGCCUUUUUUUCUUUUAUUACUGUUUCUGUUCAUUUUCUUGAAUGUGGUACACUUGUGAAAUUGCCUUGAAAAGUACAACUGUGUCAUGUUUUUGUCUUUACAAAUUUGAGGAUAACAAGCAAGAUUUAAUUAGUUGUCAAAAUAGAUCUACAGAGAGAUGCAGGUAUAUUCAGCUUCAGGAAGGACAUUUGAAACUCAUUAAUUUCCUUAUGCUUGUUUUUUUUUCGUUUUCUCUGUUGAAUGUUUGUAAAAAUGUAUAUAUAUGUUUUUUCUUACAGGACAUGCUUUAGAAAUAACAAACUGUUUUUGUACGUCUUUUACAUGGAAAAUAAACGUCUAAUCAGGAGAAAUACUAAAUGGUCUUAAUGCUAGCUAAUCUAAAAUGAUUGAAAUAUCUAGACAAUAAAUGUGUUUUUUUGUAACUGGA